UCGGAAGUCAAGCCAAGAUGCUGAUACCACUGUUCUUCGCUAUCUUUCUCGUCAACUUUCCUUAUCAACUCGCACAAUCAGACGUAAACAAUGGACUAAUUACGAUUGCCGCGGUCUUAGGGGUCUCUGUGCUGCCCAUCGGAUUCGCUGCCGGACCUAGAUAUGUUCCAAAAUGGAAGAAGCAAGCAUGCGAAAUACCGGCGGCCCAACAUCCAAAUUCACAUUAUAUUUGUGAUGAAGCUGGUGAAGUAAAAUGCUUGCCAGGAUGGACUGGAGAUCUGUGUGAUGUACCGAUUUGCCGCAAGGGCUGCGAUCCCCUUCAAGGUUAUUGUCGAAGACCAGGGGAAUGUCGUUGUAAACUGGGCUUCUAUGGCGAACUAUGCGAUAAAUGCGUGGCCUUGCCAGGGUGUCAACAUGGAAGGUGUAACGUGAGCUUCGAAUGCUCCUGCGAUCCCGGUUGGAAGGGCAUGUUUUGUUCCGAACCCAUCUGCGCGUCCGAUUGCUUGUCCAGUCAGGGCUAUUGCGAAAAACCCGGCGAAUGCAGAUGUCGUUUAGGUUGGCAGGGCCCGAAAUGCAAACAGUGCGCAGUACUGCCGGGCUGCGUCCACGGUACUUGUCAAGGACCUUUAGAGUGUCGAUGCGAUCCGGGUUGGACCGGGCUGCUUUGUCAAACGCCGAUCUGCUCGCAAGGAUGCAGCCGGGAACACGGCACCUGCAGACGACCAGGCACGUGCAGAUGCCGCGUCGGCUGGUCAGGGCCCAACUGCACCGAAUGCGUGCGAUAUCCCGGAUGCAUACACGGAUCAUGUAAACGGCCUUGGGAAUGCCGAUGCAUGCCGGGUUGGGCCGGCGAUCUAUGCAACGAGAAGCUCACCUACUGCGACGAGCAUCCCGGUAUAUGCCAAAACGGCGCCACUUGCAUUAGCAUGAUUCAUGAGGACGGCGAUUACAGAUGCAUUUGUCCUCUGGGCUACAUGGGUCGGCAGUGCCAGAUAAAAACUAUGGUCCCAUCUACUGAAUUGUUGCCACCAAUGCUCAAUACCACCGCGGGAUUAUCACAAGAAAUGCAAGAUCUCGCGGACAAGCCGAGUAUCGAAGAAAUUUCAGGUGAGGACACGAAGCACGAGCAAAAACCCCCUAAAGAAGAGGAACAGACCGCGGAGCCCCUCGGGCCUAUCGUAAUCACAGACCCACCGAUCACCACUAUCAACGUCACCGACACCACCACUGUUAUCACCACCAACGUGGAUCCGGCCGCGACCGCGGGAAAAUGGCCAACGGAAGCGGCAACGGAGCCAAGUGAAAGGGACGACGAAAACGAGACAUAAAAUAUGAUAGUCGAUAUAAUGGCAGAACGUGGAUUUUUAUUUAUUUUCCGUUAUUUAUUUAUUUAUUUACUUAUUUAAACCGUUCUCUUUCGAACAAAUUAUUCCAUGAAGACAACAUCCCGAGGAAAAAAAUUAUUUUGUUUUAAUUAUUUUAUUAUAAUUUAAAUCUAUUAAAAUUGAAAUUUAAUUAAUAUUAAAAAGUGUUAUAUUUUUUAUUAUAUAUGAUAAAAUAUUUAAUACAUUCUGUUAUAUUAUACAAAGACAUAUUCAUUUUUCAUCAGUUUUUUGCGUUUAGGGUUUAUUGGUUUAUCAUACAAUUAUAAAAUCUGUGUAUAUCUACACGAUAUUAUGUAUUUAGAAGUAUUUAUUGGAAUUUAUUAUAAAUAGAAUUUAUUCUCCUCCAGCUAUCUUUAUUAAUGUUAUUCUCUCGUGUUACUUUCUUUUUAUCUUUAUCGUUAAUAAAAUAUAAAAUAGCAA